UGUGAGGAGUGGCCACUCAGAUGAUCAGACAAACUCUUUCAUCACUGUGGUGUGAGAGCAGAGAGCAGGACGGGGUGAAUGUGAGAGCAGAUGCUGGAGACCUGAGUUUUUAAUCUUUCCAGAGAGCAGAGCUGUGAACAACUUCUUGUAUAGCUUCUUGGAGUGGAUGUUGACAUUGACCAGAUUAUUUACAUGCAAGUUUGAUGAUUGAAUUAACCCAGGAAGACAUUUUCCUUCACUGCACCCAUCAGUAAAUUGUCAGACGUUGUUGGUCAAACAGAAAAUGACCACUAAUCCGUAUGCGAAUUCAGGUCCUGGUUUCAUCCAUGAAGGCGAUGUGAGGAAACCUCGUCCACCCAGCCGAAAAGAUGUUAAGCCUCAGUAUGUUCAUCAUCUGACCCCACAACCCCCACCUGAGAUCAGUCCCUCCAUUCCCAGUAACAAAGGUGUAAAACAGAGGUGUGUGAAGUUCACUGUGGCCGCUGUGAUCUCCCUGCUGCUCCUCCUGCUGGUGGCUGGAAUCCUCCUCGCUUAUUACUACUCCUCGUCCUGUAUGCACGGUGUGCAGUGUGGUGACGUUGGCUGUGUGUGGGAGUCCCAGUGGUGUGACGGAGUGACGGACUGUCCCGCAGGCCAGGAUGAAGCUAACUGUGUAAGGCUGCAUGGCUCCAGUUUCCUGCUCCAGGUUUACUCCACUCAGAGUAAAAACUGGAGGACUGUUUGUUCUCACGGCUGGAGCGACCAGCAGGGGAGAGCGAGCUGCCAGCAAGUUGGAUACAGCAGGGGCACAUAUUUGAAAUCAGGCCAACAGAAGACUGACUCUGAUGAGGGAUUCUUACAAGUGAAGUCUAACUUCAACCCUGAGGCAUCCAUACUGCAACAGCUCGUGCUCAGCAACACCUGUCCCAACAACAGCGUGGUGACACUGCAAUGUACUGAUUGUGGGAGUGGGAUGAACUCCAGCAGGGCCUCAGGGGGUCAGUUGGCCUCUCCAGGGGCCUGGCCGUGGCAGGUCAGCCUGCAGGUUGCAGGCUUCCACCGCUGUGGAGGAGCCAUCAUCUCCCCCUACUGGAUAGUCACUGCAGCACACUGUGUGGCCCGUACCUCCAGCCCGGCAGACUGGGCUGUGUAUGCUGGGAUAGUGGAUCCACUGGGCACUCUGUUUAACCCUGCGUACUCUGUGAGCCACAUCAUAGCCCACGAAGGCUUCAACAGCGUCACGCGCAGGAAUGACAUCGCUCUGAUGAGGCUCUCUAAACCUCUGGACAUCACAGCCUCCAGUAACAUCGGACCUGUGUGCCUCCCAAAUGUUGAUGUAAACAUCUCCGUGCCUCAGAAGGGCUGGAUUACAGGAUUCAAUCGAACAAUAAACGGAGACUCUGGCUCUCCACACCUGAUGGAGGCUCAGGUCUCUCUCAUAGACACUGCAGACUGCAACAGCUCCAUCGCCUACAACGGCAGGAUAUCACAGGACAUGUUAUGUGCCAGAGGGACGGAGGCAGUGGCCGACAUGUGCCACGCUGACAGCGGCGGCCCUUUGGUGUCCCUUAAGGAUGGAGUAUGGUGGCUCGUAGGGGACAGUAUCUGGGGGGGACACUGCACUGAGCAGAACAAACCAGGUGUUUAUGGCAACAUCACCUAUUUCCUGGACUGGAUCUACCGUCAGAUGAGGAAGCAUCAAGAUGACUGACGGCAGGACUGAGGAUGAACCAGUUAAGAUGUCUGUGUUCACAAUUUUAAGUGUGCAGAGAUACAUUUUCAUAUAAAUGCCUCAUUAAAGGGGUGGCUGUGGCUCAGAGGUAGAGUGGGUCGUCUACCAAUUGGAAGAUCAGCAGAUUGAUCCCCAUCUCAUCCACUCUACAUGUUGAAGUAUCCUUGAGCAGGAUACCAUUGGUGUGUGAGUGUGUUUAAAAACGGAGUAGCAGGUGGCACCUU